AUGUCCCUGCCUUUAACUAAUUUAAAACUGGGCACUGCAGCAAAUCUACGCAAGGAGGUUAUCCGCAAUAAAAUCAGGGCUAUUGGAAAAAUGGCCAGAGUAUUUUCUGUGUUAAGAGAGGAGAGCGAGUCAGUUUUACAACUCAAAGGACUUACGCCAACUGGAGCGCUACCUUUGGGAGCAUUGUCUGGUGGAAAAACUAGUCUCAAAAAUGCGUUGCAGGGAUUCUCCCCGAACCACAAGAUUACGAGUUUCGCCGAGGCGAAGGGACUGGACGCGAUCAACGAGCGCAUGCCGCCUAGGAAGGACGCGCCGCCCUCGCCCGCCGAGGAAACGCCGCAGGACCAUAAUCACACCCAAUCCAAUGCACACUCGUGAGCUACACUCAAAUAGCAACGCAUCACAAACGCCAACUGCGCAGGGUGUUACGUUUAUGGUUCAGUGAUUCCCGAGCAGUUGGGCUCACACCUCUUUACAUAUUACAUCUUUACUAGUUACUAGAAAACAACAAAAAUAUUAAUCAUGGACGACAGGCUCGUCUUAAUAAUAACAAUACGUCUGGAUCAAGUAGCUGGUCUGCUUCCUCUUUCUGUCGUACUACUUACCUACUACAUACGCUGAUCGUGCCUCGCUCUUGCACACUGCUCUCUACUGCUAACUUCUAACCUAAUUGAUAAUCGUGCUUUUAUUAUUAAAAAAAAUUAAAUGUUGUUGAGAAUUUAAAUUAAUUAUUAUAAUUCGGAGUAUUCUCUAUUGUCCGACUACAUUCCAUAUCUACUGGGUUUUUUUGAUUAUUAAGAUUCCAGCACUGUGGGUUUAGGGGCCCCAAACAUUUUUGUCCUUUUAUUAAUGCAUCAGAAAAUUUUUGAAGAUACGCCUCACACUAUUAUCGUGUAUUUUUGUAAAUGUUAAGUCAAUGUAAAUGUAAAAAAAAAUGAAAAAUUUGUUGUACCAGUAGAGUCAGUAGUGUGAAUUUGAAUAUAGUCCUAAUAAUAUCCAUCAUAAAACCAAGGGUAUUAAGAAAAGUAUUAAAAGAGCCAUAUAAUUCUCUAUAAACCAACGCUCUCAAAUCUUAAUCCCCGUGGUCCAACAAAACGACCCAUUUUCAAAUCAAAUCGAAUCAAAUCACUAUUACUAUUUCUAAAACGUACUUAACCUAUAAAAAAAAUACAAAAAAAUGUCGAGAAUGACUUCUUUGCUUGGUAAAAUUUGACGAGGUUUGAAAACGGGUCGUUUUUCGUUUGUAAUCCUUUGAAAUAUUAUUAAAAAUGUAUGUCGGUCGGCAGUGUGAGACAGCGAGCUGGAACUGGCUGGUCGCACGUGUUGAGUGAUAUAAGCGUGCCAUACCCUUUGACACCUGUUGUCGCAACUCCAUCACUUAAGUCAAACUUUCGAGUCAUCCGGUCAUGUUUCAUCCAUCCAAAAAAUGUUUUCACUUAUUACUAUAUGUGUGUGUUGAUUAAUUUAAAUAUAUUGCUAUAAAUAUUUUAUUCAUAUGCCGAGUUUAAAAAUAAUAUUGUCAUUGUUCGUUCUAUAUAUAUAUCUCUCUAUUAAUAUUUAAACUGAUUGGUUUUAAUAUUAACAACACAAGAAACACAUCUUUGCUACGAGUUGUACUUAUUUUUUUUAUUGUACAAAUUAAAUGGUUAAUAUUAACUUUGCUCUUUGUCUGAGGGAGACACUUCGAAUCAAGUUUAAACUAAUUGUAUAUAAGUGUACAAAUAUGUGUUGUUAUUGGUCAUAAUAAUGUUUACCCACCCUUAUGCAGAAUUAAUUGUAUUUGAAUCUCCAGCACCAUAAUAAUAAAUAAAUAUUAUUGUGUAUGUAAUGAAUAAUAUUGAAUAAUAUAGUGUUUUAUUGUAAGGAGGCGGAGCGCUGUUCUUUCGCUCAGACAUAGAGUCGGUAUGAAUGUAGAACUUCUGUUGUAUGCCAGUGUGUUAAAUUAUAUAUCUAUUAAUCUUAUUAAAUUCUGUAAAUUUACUCUAUAAUAUAUUAUUAUUAUAUAUACAUAUAUGGUAUAGUUAAUUACUAGGUAAUAUCUCAACCAACUAUCGUAUAACUUUAGAAAAAUAUCAAAAAUUUCAUAUGGCGUCCCUUAACUUUUAUACAAACAUUCAACUUGCUUGUGUCCACUGACAACUGCUAACGAUUCUUUAAGUGUGCAAUUACAAUUUCGUUUUGUAAAUUUUAUCGUUAUAUCCUUAUAAUAUAUUACUUUUUGUGACUGAUAUUUAAGCUUGUAAGUACACUGUGUACUGUUUCUUACUGAAGAAUUUAAUAAAUGUAAGAUUACAAAUAAAAAUUGUGUAUCAAAGUUUGGGGCAUACUUUCGAUCACUUGUUAAAACUAUAUUCAGAUGUGUUGACCUAAUCACUCGAACUAUACAUGGUGUUUCAAGAAACAUGCGCCAAUGCUCGGAGGGGGAUUCGUCAUCCAAAAAUAAAAAAAACUUUUAAAAACAUCUGCCCGAUUUUGUUGAAAUUUGGCAACGUUUGCUACGCUUACCUACAUGAACUUUUUUCUUAUUUUUGAAUGACGAAUCUCUAGCCGAGCAAUGGCGCAUGUUUUGUGAACCACCCUGUAUAUAGUCAUUUAUUAAUUCAAUUCACCACCUCUCAUUUGUAAAUAACAGAGUUAGCUAGUUUUUUUCAUGUCAAACUUAGGUAUGAUUUGUUAUUAAAGUUAUAAACUAUUAUUUAACGUAGCUUUUCUCUUCUCGAAAGGCGAAAGUGGUAUGAAUAAGCAAUAACACUUUUUAUUACUAUCCAUUAAUUUGUUGAUUGAAACGAAGGUGAUUGGUUCGCAUUUUCUAAAUAUAUUUUUAAUUUAUAUGUUUAGAUCAUGACCUUUAGUUGUGUUCUGACUGAAUACAUUGAUUACCGAUAUUUUGGUGUUUUUUCAGUUCACCCCUCGAUAUAUUCCAUUUGCACUCUCUCACUAAGCACGCCUUUGGCGGUUUGUUUUGUUGGGCGGAUUUGGCGUAUAUCGAUCCCUGAACCAUACCUCUAUUUGUUGCUACAUACCAUUGUAAAUGUUAAACAUCUUCAACAGCUUGGUCUGUCCAGGCAAUAAGUAAGCGAUUAUUUGUGAUAGCUAUCCUUGAUUUUGAAUAGCUUUGUGUAUAUGCGCUUGAUAUUGUAUUUCCUUGUCGCUUAGCGGUAUACCAUACAAUUUCGGGCGACGAUACAUGUUUAAAAAGAAUAAACUUUGAAAAUUGUAUAAAUAUAAACUAUCUAUAUGCCUUCAUACUUCCUAACUUAUUAUUAUUAUUAUUAUAAUUAUAUAUAAUAAUGCACUGAAGUAUUUGGGAUGUUAGACUUUUAAUACUUUAGUACUAUCACUGUGCCACUUAAAGUGGACGUUUUAAUAUUAAUCUCAGUACUGGAAUCUUGCACCCAUUACAAACACUUCUUUUAUUGGCGCCCGCAACAUAAACUAUUACAUAAUAGUCAAAUUUUAUUCGAUAGUUGUGAUGCGGGCGAUUAAGCUACCAAAAACUAUCUAUUAUGUAGCAAAAUAAGUUAUUUUUUGUAAAUAAUGGUAGCUCUAAAAUUAUUAUUUAUAUUUUUAUAAACUUAUUGCCCUCUAGACUCCAUCUUUCAGUGUUCAGUGAUUAAAAAAGUAUUAAUAUGGCACAAAAAACAGAUCUUGGUACACUUUCUUUGGAUAAUACAUGAAAAAGUUGUUGUUUGUUAUUUUGUGCUUUUUCCAGUACAUAUAGAAUUAGCUGAAUGUUUUUAAAUAAUUGAAUAUACAUUAUAUACAUAUUAAAAUGCGUUGAUAUAAUUCAUAUCAAACGAAAUGUGCAAUUUAUGAUGGAAAAAAACUUCUAAAAAAAGUUAUGCAUGUUACAUUUGACAGUUGUUUAUCUGUGAUCGCCUUGCGUUUCUGAAUUUUGUGUUUCAAUUAUUCUGUCAAGCAUAUGGGUUUAUUAUUAUUAUAUUAUGAUGUAAUAAUUCUACAUUUCAAUUGUACUGGAUAUUUUGAUUUGUGUUCUUAUUAAAUAUACAUGAUUGAAAAUAUCUUUCUCUCCAAAAAUG